AUGGCCGGAUCCCCAAAUUCAAAUCUCAGAGGCUUCAACUACGCCGUCCAAACCCUCCUCAAACAACCCUCCCAAUUCCUCCCUCACCUCACUAUCCCAACUUUCACACACCUCCCCGAGAACCUUGGCCCGCAUCUCAUCAAAGGAUCAGGAUCAGGGGCCCCCAAGCGCAUACCUUCAAUCCGCGCCCUGGUACUGGAUAAAGACAACACCCUCUGCGCCGCAAAGACAACAACCUUCCCACCAAACAUCCUAUCCAAGCUAUCAGCCCUCCGCAACAGCCCAACAUCCCCCUUUCAAACAUCCACCAAUCCAAAUUCUAUUCUGAUUGUGUCGAAUCGCGCCGGCAGCCACAGCACAUUCGAUAACGAAGUGCGAGAUCUAGAAGGACAGCUUGCGCACCUACGGAUUCCUGUUUUUCGGCUUCCGGCUGGCACGGAGAAGAAACCGUUUUGUGGGCAGGAGGUUGUGGCGUGGUUCCAAGAACGGGGUGUUGUUGAAUCUGCCGAUGAGAUUGCGGUUGUAGGUGAUCGGUUGGGGACGGAUGUGCUAAUGGCUGGGAUGAUGGGGUCUUGGAGUGUGUGGUGUAAGGAAGGAGUAUUUGAUAUUGGGGAGGAGGGAAAGCCAGAGCGGAAUGUGUUGGAGAAGAUGGAGGUUUGGAUUGAAAAGUUCUUGCGGAGGAGGGGAGUAGAGGCACCUCUGCCGAAAGGAUGGGAGAAGGCUUGA